UCCACCUUGGAGGGUCUACAUGGUUGUUCCAUGAAUCUGAACCGGCGAGUUGGGCUCACUUUGCUCCGUUGCUAGAAGCUUCCAAACCAAAAGCCAAUUCCUAAGUUAGGGCAUUCUUUCUCUCACUGCCAUGAAUUAGGCCUUUUCUUCAGUUUUCACACAUCUCCAUUUCCACCUUCAAUUUCCCACUCCACUGGGUCUCCUUAAAAAACCCUAAUAACGAUCCAUCCCCUCAAUCGAAUAAAGCUUCCAUGGCGGAGCACUUGGCAUCGAUCUUCGGCACCGAGAAGGACCGCGUCAACUGUCCGUUCUACUUCAAGAUCGGCGCGUGCCGCCACGGAGAUCGGUGCUCUCGCCUCCACAACCGGCCCACGAUCUCGCCGACGAUCCUCCUCUCCAACAUGUACCAGCGGCCGGACAUGAUCACCCCCGGCGUGGAUGCCCAGGGCCAGCCCAUCGACCCGCGCAAGAUCCAAGAGCACUUCGAGGACUUCUACGAGGACAUCUUCGAGGAGCUUAACAAGUUCGGCGAGAUGGAGAGCCUCAACGUCUGCGACAAUCUCGCCGACCACAUGAUCGGCAACGUCUACGUCCAGUUCAAGGAGGAGGACCAGGCCGCCGCCGCCUUGCAGGCUUUGCAGGGCCGGUUCUACUCGGGCCGGCCGAUUAUAGCCGAUUUCUCGCCUGUCACCGAUUUCCGCGAGGCUACGUGCCGGCAGUUCGAAGAGAACAACUGCAACCGAGGUGGGUACUGCAAUUUCAUGCACGUGAAGCUGAUUGGGAGGGAGCUGAGGAGGAAACUCUUCGGGAGGUACCGUGGGUAUAGGGUCAGCCGGAGCCGGAGCCGGAGCCGGAGUUUGAGCCCGAGGCAUAGGCGAGAUUAUAGGGAUUAUUUGGAUCGUGAUUAUCGUGGGAAUGGGAAGCGAUCGAGUAGAGACAGGUAUGAGAGAGACGGUAGUAGUGGGAGGAGAAGGCACGGGAGUCCUAGGCGGAACGGGAGCAGGAGCCGGAGCCCCAUGCUGGGGAGGGAAGGGAGCGAGGAGCGGCGAGCGAGGAUUGAGCAGUGGAACCGAGAGAAGGAGAGGCAGUGAGAUGUAUGGAGGCAUUUUCCCUUUCAUUUGAUACGGGCCAGAUCUGGUAGCCUGAAAAUUGGGCUUGCCGAGCUCAAAGUUGCUCAGAAAACGGCUUCCUGGUUUUAUUUUCUAGUCAGAAACUUAUCUCUCUCUCUCUCUCUCUCUCUCUCUCUCUCUCCCCCUCUCUCUAAUGAUUUUUCAUAUAUGCUUUUAGGGCCAGAUUUGGUAGCCCUGAAUAUUGGGCUUGCAAGCUCAAAGAUCCUCAGAAAAUGGCUUCCUGGUUUUAUUUUAUAGUCAGAAACUUAUCCCUUUUUUUGCUCUCGCUAAUGAUUUUUCCAUUUAUGCUUUUAGGGUCAGAUCCUGAAAAUUGGGCUCGCCGAGCUCAAAGUUGGUCAGAAAACGGGUUCCUGGUUUCAUUUUUUAGUCAAAAAAACUGAAUUGUUCUUUUCUUUUUUUUUUUUUUUUCUCUCUAAUGAUGUUUCUAUUUAUGCUUUUAGGGCCAGAUCUGGUUGCCCAGAAAAUUGGGCUUCUUGAACUCAAAGUUGGUCAGAAAAUGGGUUCCUGGUUUAAAUUUCUUGUCAGAAAUUUUUCCCUCUCUCUCUCUCUCGCGCUCUCUAAUUAUUUUUCCAUUUAUGCGUUUAGGGCCAGGUCUGGUACCCUUAAAAUUGGGAUUGCCGAACUCAAAGUUUGUCAGAAAACAGGGAAAGUUGUCUGGUUAGUGUAUCAAGCAUGUAUCUCAGUUUUGUUUUUCUUCUAACCAAAAGUAACAUGUUUAUCAGGGGUACAACAUUAUGCUUUUUGAAAAGAAAAAAACAGGUUAUGUUUUCCCUUCUUGAUAACUUAGGGACAUACUUAUGUGUCUAUAACUAGUUGAGGUGGUGCCUCUCUCUGUGUUUUUGUGGCUUUAUAGGAAACUUGUUUGACCCUUUCUGUUAGAAACAUAAACACCCUUUUACCCUCUUAUUCUUGAGAAUCCAAAAUUGACCUCCUUCCUCCUUUGCACUAGUGCUGCAGAUAUAGGGUUAAAAUUCCAUGAUCAUCUAUCUGGUCAAGACCAUUGUUUUGGAGAGGGACAAAGUAUUACUUCUUGAAGCGAUCAUUCAUUGGGGGUGAAAAAAAAUGUCGAGAACUAAGGUGCCAUAACUUCAACAGCUCCAACGUUAACAUGUCUUCAAGUUUUCAUGAGGUUUGGCUUUGUGUGAUUACUAGUGACAGGUCCUUGACUGAUUUCUACAGGAAAUGGUGAAGUUUCACCAGUGCAAAAUUGCAUAGUUUGAGGAAGAAAUGGGUGUUAGUGACCACUUUCUCAAUUUAUAAAUAUACACGUUAGAACUGUCAACCCCACCUUUACCAAUUCCAAGCUAGAUUAUCUACGCUUGUUACCAUUGCAGUUCUCGUUUUAUACAAUAUACGUUUGAAUGAGAAUUGCACCUAUAAAUGGACCUUGGUGCUCCAAUUCUUUCAAUGUUUUUGCUA